AUGAAUGAAAAAUCUGCUGUUUUAGAAAGGCUCAGUAGAAGGGAAGCACAGCGUAUUGAAAAACUACAAAAAGCACACAAAGCAAAGGAAGAGGUAGACGCAUCAAAUGAAAAUGAAGAAUAUUUUUCAGGAGCAUUUAAAAUUCGUGCAGAAAUUGUCGAGCAUUUACUCUCUGAAGUCCCCACUUUGGAAACAACAAUUCUACCAGCCCACUUCGAUAAUAUUAAAAGAGAAGUUAAUGAAUUGCAAAAAUUUGUUGUCACUUCGUCAUUUUUCCUUAAAGAAUUCAAUUUGCGUAAAUAUCUUGGUAUUGUCCAAAACCUGCAAACAAAAUGUUAUGAACUGGAAGACAGAUAUGUUCCCCGCAAGAAGUUUGGAUUUUCAAGAAAAAAAUUGCCUAAAUCUCAUACAGGAAAGCAAGAUUCCCUUGAUGAAAAUGAUGGAACUGGUAAAAUUGACAGUAAUAAAUGGGAUGAAAAAUUAUUUGGUUUUGAUUCCAAGGAAAAUGAAGUUUUAUCUAUAGGGAAUGAAGAGCUGUAUCAAAGAGAUGUGGCAUUACGUAAUUUAAAGAAUUGUACAGUAGUUUUGUGUGGGGUUAUGGCAACAUUACAUUUAACGAAUUUGGAGAGCUGCAUUAUUCUUUCGGGUCCAGUGACAUCAUCUGUGUUUGUGGAUAAAUGCAAUAAUUGUAAAAUUGUGACUGCCUGUCAACAGCUUCGCAUGCACACUUCGACUAAAUGUGACGUAUACUUACACGUAACGAGCAAAGGAAUUAUUGAAGAUUGUACACAAAUACGGACGGCUCCAUAUAACUUCAAUUAUGACGAUUUAGAAAAGCAUUUCAACAUGUCAUCUUUGGAUAAAAACAGUAACAAUUGGAAUACUUUAGAUGACUUCAACUGGCUGGCUCCGGAUGUACCAUCUCCAAAUUGGUCAACAUUAGAGUCAACCCAGCGUAUUUCUAAUUGGACAGAACGGUGGUCCGAGCUGCCCUCGUAA